AUGCGUACUCAUCCCAAGGCAAGAAAGAUUCAUCCUUCUCGAAUCAUUACCAAUCGGUGGUUCUUUGUGCACAACUUGUUCCCAUACCCUGAAGCAAGCGUGUACCCGCCACCGAGCUCACAUGGCUACCAGACCCACCUUGGCGAAGAGAACCCUUCCUAUAACUGGGCAGGGCAACCGGCUCCAUCUGAUCGUGGACCUCACUUGUACAGCUACCAAGAUGAUCCUGACUGCCUCACCUUCCUGAGAGGAUGUGUUGCUACUACUGACUGCUACUACGAUUACCUGCUGAGACGUGUGUCUAGCCUUCUCCCCUUGGGUGAUUCCCGGGUACUCAAGUUGAACAACUUUGCUUGUGCCUGA